AUGAAGGGAACAAGACAUGUGUACGAGACAUUGUUGAAGCCAUACAUAGCUCAACAUGAGACAGAGAUUGACAGAAAGAUUAUGGAGUUGCGAGCUCGAGCUUGGGAUUUCUUCAUCUUCUACUUCCACAAUAUUGCUCAGGCCGGUCAAUCCACCUUGAUCCAGGCUUUCCAAUCGUUACUCGCUCAAUCGGUCCGGUUCUCUGCCGGAGCUGCUAACCAACCGCCGAUGGAACGGAACGUUAACGCGAGAGCGCAGUCACCAGAGGAGAUGGAAACUGAACCGCAGUCACCGCGGGCUCCAAGACCGCUGAAUAAAUCGCUAUCUGCGUUAAAAUCGUUUGAGAAGCAAACGAGCAGAGGGAGGAAAUGGCCCCCACCGACACCACCACCAACACCAGGCCGAGACUCAGCCGGAACAUUCAACGGAGAAGAAGGAGUCAACAUUCCCGAUACACUCCCGGGAUCACCACUCACCGAUGCUCGAGCCAAGCUUCGUCGCUCUACCUCCAGGCCUCACACCGCAGCAUAG